UUCUUGUGAUGGAAAUGAGAGAACGGAAGAGAAACCCAGUGUGAUCUCCAGAGGGCGCAUACAGUGCAGUGCCACUGUGCACACUGUGUGCUGCUCUCACUGAGGCUCGGACUGAUCCGGCUGCAGCAGGAUGACAGACAGCGGGGAGUGUGCCUUGCUUCGCGGCUGCGGGCAGAGAUGGCGUCCUGGUGCCGGUGAAUAAGCAGAAAAACAGAGCGGAGGGAGGGGAGAGGGGAGAGGGAUGCGGGAGACGGAAGAUGAGACGCUGCAUCAUUUAGAGCAUCACAUGGCAGAAGAUCACUCUCCGGCGCUCUGUGGAUCUUUACGGAUGUCUAUUGUUCUUUUUCUUCCAUGAGAUCUGAAGCAGCGCUGUGAUCCCUCGGAGGGGAGGCGGUGGGGGCUUGUUGUCUACCUCAGCUGUUUCUCCCUCCGGCCGGCGGGGCUCUCUGCUGCUCAUCCGACGCAGGGAGAGGGAGGAGAGGGCAGACGGAGGGAGGGAGGUGAGGGAGGUGAGGGGCGACGAUGGCUGCCGGUGGAGCUGGAUGCGGGGAAACGGUGGAACAAUGCCGGGCCGAGGUGGAGCGCCUGACCCGGGAGCUGGCGGAGGCCAACCGCGAGAAGGUCCGGGCGGCGGAGUGCGGGCUGGUGGUCCUGGAGGAGAACCAGAGCCUGAAGCAGCAGUACGCAGACCUGGAGGCCGAGCAGGAGGGGCUGAGGCUGGAGCUGGAGCAGCUGCAGGAGGUGGGCUCGGCAGGGGCGUUCGGCCAAGCCUACUCCACCCAGCGUAAGGUGGCAGAAGAUGGGGAGACCAACGAGGAGACACUGUUGCAGGAGUCCGCCACCAAGGAGGCCUACUACAUGGGGCGCCUCCUGGAGCUCCAGUCGGAGCUGAAGCACAGCCGGUCCACCGCCUCCAAUGCACAGGCUGACAACGAACACCUAAGCACGCUGCUGCAGGAGCUGAGGGAGCAGAGUAAUGAGAUGUUGGAGCUGCAGCGCAGCCGGAUGCGAGAGGAGAUCAGGGAGUACAAGUUUCGUGAGGCGCGGCUGCUCCAGGACUACACUGAGCUGGAGGAGGAGAACAUCUCUCUGCAGAAACUGGUGUCAACACUCAGACAGAAUCAGGUGGAGUAUGAAGGCCUGAAGCAUGAGAUCAAGGUCCUGGAGGAGGAGACAGAGGUCCUCAAUAGCCAGCUACAGGAUGCGCUGCGUUUGAAAGACAUCUCAGAUGGCCAGCUGGAGGAGGCGCUGGAGUCUCUGAAGAGCGAACGCGAGCAGAAAAACCACCUGCGCAGGGAGCUGGUCCACCACCUGAGCAUGUGUGAUGUGGCCUACACUGGCAGUGCCCACCUGACAUUCACCUCCGCCCCGCCAAGUGGCAGCGCCACCCCGACCACUCUGCUCUCCCCGAAUGCAGAAGAGCCAACGAGGUGUAACGGCCACCUCCAGGGUGGGACUGGAGCGGGGACAGCUCCUGGGUCUGUGCCCAGGGCUAAUGGAGAGUACCGAGGGACGGGUCGGAAAGCUGAUGGGACGGUGACAUCGGACCUCUUCAGUGAGAUGAACCUGACGGAGAUCCAGAAACUCAAGCAGCAGCUGAUGACGGUUGAACGUGAGAAAGCAGCACUGAUGACCAGCCUGCAGGAGUCCCAGACUCAGCUCCAACACACCCAGGGGGCCCUAACUGAGCAGCAUGAGAAGGCCCUCCGUCUUAGCCAGAAAGUCAUUGUCCUCCGCCGCUUACAUAGACGGGCCCACCCCAACCAGGAAGCCCACGCCAGUGCCACCUCUCAGCUCAACCAUGAGGCCCUGAUGGAGCUGGACAGGUAUGAGGAAGAGGCUGAAGAGGAAGGAAGAACUGAGGAGGAUAAGAGUGAGACACUGAACAAAAGUCAGGUAUUUGCAUACCAGACGCCAGGUCUGGAGAUCAUGCAGUGCAAGUACCGUGUGGCUGUGACAGAGGUGGUGGAGCUCAAGGCAGAGGUGAGAGCCCUCCAUGACCGACUGGCUCAGUGUGCAGCGGGAGCAUUGGAGGAGAAGCCAAGGCGAAAUGGUCAGCUCCUGAAGUUGGAAAGGCAGGUCGCCUCAUUAGAGAAGAGUUGCAGGGAGGGACAGGAGAAGAUGUCUAGCCUGGAGUUGGAGUUGCAGGCAGCUCAGUCAGCAGCCAGUGAGAGCCAAGGGGCGUUGAACGCAGCUCAGGAUGAGUUGGUGACGCUGAGUGAGGAGCUUGCCCAGCUGUACCACCACGUCUGUCUGUGCAACAAUGAGACGCCCAACCGUGUCAUGCUGGACUACUACAGACAAGGCAGAGGGCUCAGGGGCCUCAGUGCCAGUCUUAAAGCCAUGUCUUCGGACAACAGCAAAGUUCUCCUUACACCACGCCUCGCCAGGCGGCUGGCCGCUGUCGCUUCGACCACUUCAUCUCCUGGGCAGUCGCGGAGCCCCUCGGAGUCUCCAUCCAAGGAGCCCCUGUCUAGGGAGGGUGGGAGAGAGGAGAAGGAGCUGGACAGAGAGGGCCUCCAGGUGCCAUCUGAGCAGAGCCUGCCGCCCUGCACGCCUCCGACCCGCUCGCCCAGCAUCAGUGCCUCUUCAUCAUCGUCGUCAUCGUCAUCGCCUGCCCUGGAGCCAGCUGGUGAGCUGCGCAGGGAGCCCAUGAACAUCUACAACCUCAACGCCAUCAUUAGAGACCAGGUGAAGCACCUCCAGCGGGCGGUAGACAGGUCUCUGCAGCUGUCCAGACAGAGAGCUGCGGCCAGGGAACUAGCCCCUCUCCUGGACAAGGACAAGGAGAGCUGCAUGGAGGAGAUCCUGAAGCUCAAGUCUCUGCUCAGCACCAAGAGAGAGCAAAUAGCCACCCUCAGACUGGUGCUCAAGGCUAACAAACAGACGGCAGAGGGGGCUCUGGCCAACCUGAAGAGUAAGUAUGAGGCGGAGAAGUCCAUGGUGACUGACACCAUGAUGAAGCUGAGGAACGAGCUGAAGGCCCUGAAAGAGGAUGCUGCCACGUUCUCCUCUCUGCGGGCAAUGUUUGCAACCAGGUGUGACGAGUACGUGACCCAGCUGGAUGAGAUGCAGAGGCAGCUGGCUGCAGCGGAGGAUGAGAAGAAGACUCUGAACUCCCUCCUGCGGAUGGCCAUCCAGCAGAAACUGGCCCUCACCCAGCGCCUAGAGGAUUUGGCCUUCGAUCAAGAGCAGACCCACCGCACUCGUGGGAGCAGGCUGACCCGCAGGAAGACCAGCACCCCCAAAGUAAGUCCCCCGGCCUCCACUUCGGCCUCCAAUCUAGCCCAAGACUCCACUUCAUCUUUGGCCCCCGUCAGCAUCACCCUUUCAGGCCUUACUAGUCCUACGUCAAUGCUUCCCAAUGAUCCCACUGCGCCCCUUAGCCCCUCUGUGGUCAGUGCAGCUGCUGCAGCUCUGGCUUCAGCUCUCACCUCUCCUACGUCACACGUACCCCCUCGCAGUCCAUCAUCCCCAGCGGUUGCCUCAUUAGCUGGCCCUCCAGCACCAGAGAGCCCCCCAUCUCUGGAGGCCCCAUCCUCUCCCUCGGCGCGGACCCCGCCCUCAACCCCUCUGAGGCUGGCUCACUCCCAGUGGACCCUGGGGCUGCGAACGUUUGUGGUUGACUCCCACAGUUUCAGUGUCAACAUCUCCCCCGCUCUGCCCCGUAGCUCUGGCCUCUCCAGGCCCUACACCCCAGACUCUCAUGCCUCUCCCCCUUCCACCUCCUCCACCACCACCACCAGGCACUCCCAGCCAGGAUCUGCCCCCUCCUCUCCCUACCGUUCCCCUACUCUGGGGCUCAGGCGCUCCACGUGGAGCCCCUCACUCCGAACUCGGCCCUUGUCCACCCUGACACGCUCUUCUGUCCUCCACACUCCUUACUCCUCCUCCCACUCCCCAUCUUCCUCCCACAGUUAUUCCCCUACCUACUAUAGCUCCUCUCCUGCUUUUACCCCCUCUAGCUCCUACCUCACCUCUGGCACCUCCACCUCCUUCAGCCACUCCACUCACUACACCCCCCUCUACCCCAGAUACUUCAGUUCUUAUCGGCCCCGGCACUGAUGUCCUACUGUAAGUCCUUUACUAGAAGCCCUUUGAAGGCUUUUCCACCAGGCUCCUUAUUGACACCAAAACUGCAACUCUCAUCAUCCGUCUCUUUUUGUCACCUGAGAGAGUGCAGGCUCACAGAGAGGAGGACAGAGUGGUUUCCUGUUUCCCAGUUCCUGUUUUCCUGUGCCUAAGCUUUGGCCAAUGGGUUCUGAAUGUUCAGUGACUUUGCUCAGGGAUUUGACAUAAGGAGCACAAGCGGCCCCGCCUUCCUUUUAUUCUGAGGCUGCUGAUUGGUCUACAGGAGGAUGUUAAUAGAGACUUUUUAAUGAGAGUUUUUAGCAUUUAGGUUCUUCAGGUUGAGACCACACAUGCAUGGAAGUGAUUAAAUCGCAGAGACAUUCAGACAUUGACUGGACACUUGGCGGACGCUUUCAUAGAUUUGAAUGAGGGCCAUGACACAUUAAAUACUGUCCUCUAUAUUCAAUGUAAUAUCCACUCUGUUUUAAAUGGUAGUGAGUCUCAUAUACUGUAUACACAAACACUGUAAACCACAUGUCUUUCAGUGCAAGCAUUCUCCUUUGUUGAUGAGGUACUUGGAUGCUUAAGGGUUCAGUAUGAUUCAAACUAAGUGUUGUCCGAACAUGUCUGAAGGCAAAAGUAUACCCGUUUUGGAUGGUCACACACAAAGGUGGGGUAAGAUGUCUGUUGUCCAAGAGAGGGGUGAGACCAAUAAUCUGUCCUGUGAUGGUGAUACUCAUGUGAAUAAUGUGUUUGACAUCUACGCACUUGGGCCAAAGCCAAAGGUGACUUCUUCAAAUGUCUUGUUUGGCCCAGAACCCAAAGAUAUUAAGUUUAUUGUCAAAAAGGACUAACAAAACCAGAAAAUAUUCACAUUUGAAAAGUUUAAAGAGUUUGAGAGGCUCUUCGGCUUUCCAACAAGAACUAAGAUUGAAGCAUACUGACUCCUUUAGUGUUUUAGCUUUGAUUACACUCUAUAAUCUAUCUCUCACACGCACUUGAAUGAUGAGACAGCUGUGGACAAGGACUGAUGAACUAUGGUCAUUGGUACGCACUGUAUAUUUUCUGUCACACUUUCCAAAAAGAAACCAUCAGAGCACCUCAAUGAGUAUCCUUCAUCUCUUGUCCAGGGUUGUUGCCAUCAGCAGCUCAACCUUUAGCAACUUUUGUCCAUCUCUAGCACCACCCAGUGGUUUGUUCUUAUAUAGCCAUGUACACAGCUAUGCAUGUUCACGUUUGGAUGCUCUUAUACUGCAAACUUCCUUCCCCUUCCACAUGAAAAAUUGAUCUGAUAGAGGUGCAGGCUGUAUGGAAUGUCGUGUCAGGGAAGAACUUAUGAGAAGGAGGAAGGGAGGUGGAGAGCACUCAAACAUGGCAUAUGACCAGUGUAGGAUUAGCUAAAUACCAUAGUCUAGUCAUUGUACAAAGAAGCAACAUGACUUGGAGUUAUUUUCUGGGAUGUAUCUCAAUAGUCUGAAGUUGUUUUCUCCUAGUUUCUUAUUUGAACCUGCUUUAAGUAUAUCAACUAUUUAAAAGCCCUGCUAAAAUAAAAAAUUCUCCCCCAGAAACCUGACAAAUAAAAAUUUCCUCCAACAUAUCACCCAUUAGUUACAGCAGGGUGCAAGUUUGAGCAACAGUUAGCAACACACUGGAGGGGAUUAAUCUUUCAAUAAUUUGCAAAUUACUUAAUUUGGUCCAAGUUCAGUUUCCACGCAAGUUAAGACCUGAACCCUUGUGCAAAUCGGCCUCUUUCUCAUUCUUUGCUCAUUUUUAAACCCUAAACCAGACUGUUGUCUCUUGCUGUUCCUAUUUGCUUACUACAGAUGACUUAUUUGUUAUUUGAAACAAAUUCAGAAUCCAGCAAUUUUGUAACCACAUGCUGAAAUUAGGGAAUUUACUCAACAAACAGGUGAUUCAGAAAGUACAACCACAUGACCACAUGACUUAGUAUCUUUAUAUCCACACAGUGGUAAUUCAAGACUAUUCUGACUCACCAUCAUACUGACUUCAGAGUUGGUAAACUCACAACGUAGCACCCUAUUGUGCCUAUGAGGCCAUCUGCAGAGGUUCGUCCUGUAACACAGAAGGAAUGUAUUCAGGUUAUGUGAAGGCUUGUUCACGGCACUGCACCAAACUCAGGGAAAGUGACGCACCUCAUUCAAACUGGAAUGAGUCAACAACCAAACCAGAAUGACUACUGACAUAACAAUGUUUUGAAUGAGAGAGAAGAUCUCCUAAAUUAGAUUUUAGAUAGGUUCUAGUCAAGUUAAAGAAAGGAAUUCUGAAAUUGUAAGAAAUUUGCUUCUUACCCAGACUCACACGAGAAGACUGAUAUCAAUUUCAUCUGACUGUCCAGUGCAGAGAUAGGCCUGGGGUUUGUGUAGCCUAGCUUACAUAGCAAAAAUGGUCUGGCCAAUCGGCGGUCCACACAGCCCCCUUACACUCGGCCCAAAGGCGGCAAUGAAUUACUGUUCACUGGUGGUCCAGAUCUGACCCAUGACAUAACCAUACCUCAGCCAACUGUAUAACCAACCCUAUUCUGGCCCUAUUUUGGACCAGACAAGUUUAAAGUUUUUGUUUGUUUUUGGCAAUGGUUUACAAGUGUUUUAGGUAUUUCCGCUAUACACUAGCUGUCAGAAAUUCCUGAUAUCUUUGACACAGAAUUAGAACUAAGACAGUCGUGAAUGUUUUUUUCCACUCUGUGGCCCAUAAUUAUGGUCUGCGCGAUAUGGACCAUAAAUCUGAAUACACCUUCCAGGAACUCUUCUGUUUACCCAUCAUUAGCUAGCAAGCUGUAGUCACCAGUACAUCCAAACCUCUGCACUGGAAUCACAAUUGAUGGUGAUCUUCUCAUUUGACUGGAGUUGACAGCAAACAAAUUUCUUAAAAUUCUUUUUUGAUGUGAUUUGAACUGUUGGCUAAUAUCAUAUCUGAGAUCCUACCAGUUCAGCACACAUGAGACCAUAUUCCCUGUGUCUGUGUGUGCCUUACAAAGCCUAUUAUACAGUACCUACACAGUGUAGCCUAAUAACAAUGCCUGUCUGGAAUUCUUUUUAAAAUGUGCUUUCUUCAAUUUUUAUUUCCACACCUGCACCUCAGGCUAAACUGCUGGUUUUGUGUGUAUUUGUUUUUGGCUUGGAUUUCUUUCAGUUGGGUGGAAACUGACUCAUCAAAGUCAGACAAUAGUUGUUACUGUUAGUAGAUAUAUUUGAGUGCUGUCCAGAAUACUUACUUGGCAAAUACUUGCCCAAGUCCCUUUCAACUUUUCUCCAAAGUUCACCGUCCCUUCCACUUUUGCAUCAUUGGAUGGAACCUUUAAUCUGUACUUUCCUGUUUCUUUCCUUAUCUAUUAAUUAAGGCUGUCUGCUGUCUAUUGACAUUUGUCUAACACUGUUAAUGGGUGCACCUUCUUCACGACAACACACACGUUUUUCAAUAUGCAACAUGGGGCAAAAACUCAUUUGACAGCACCUUUAUUUUCUAGAUUUCUGAUUGGCUCCUUUGAAAGUAGUCUUUGCCCUGAUGGGCUCACAUAUUGCCAUUAUUUUUUUUCUACUGUAAACAAUCUAGUUUGAUCUAGUUAGUUCUGUAUGCUACCACUUGCUCAAUGAUUUAUUAUUGGCAAAUAGUGACAGAAGCAUAACAACAAAAUCUUUUAGACACACAGAGUUGGACUGGAUGUUCAUUUACUAAGGCCCUCCCUGAUCUUUAAAUCUUUGCUGCACUCACAGUCAGCACUAAAGCUGAUCAAUUUAUUUGAAGCCAGGCCUGGAUGUAAUUUCAAUCAGAUAAUUAGCAAGACAUUUUCAUAACUUCACUUAUGGGACACACCAGUGGUCCUUGUUUACACUAUUUAGUACAAAUUGCAUAUUUUACUGUGACCCUUUUCUGAAGAAUGUAUGGUUUCAGAUUUUUUUAUGAUUUUCUUCCCUCUAAACUAUCAGCCUUUAUUUCCCACUGCGUGAAAAUUAUCAUAACUGAUUAACAAAAAAGUUACUUGAAACUUCCUAGUCCUGAUCUACAAGUGCCAUACUACAUAAUGGUAUACAUAGGUAUAUAAUCUCUGUCUCCUGGAAACAUGGCACUACAGUUAUUGAGCAGCUCAUAAGCAUAAGUUAUUAUGGGAAGAAUGUUAAAAAUAACAAGCUAUUUCAUCAUAGGAAAUAUCAUCAGCCACCUAGGUGUGAAACAAUGUCAGGCAGGUGCAAGUAAAAAAAAGAAAUAUGUGAUUUACCUUGAACAAUAAAGGUCUCCUUUCUUACAGUCUAUAUAAACCAUGUAAACCUAUUGUGACAUCACCAAUUUGUUUGUGGUAUACCGUUUUGAAGUCUUGAGUUCGGCAAUAUGGUUGCGCCAUGUUGGUUUUUUACAGCAAGUAGCAGUGACGUACCGCUAGUUGAGCUGCUCUCCUUGGCUGCUAUUAGUUGCGACCACAGCAAAAAACAAUGGCAGCUCGUCUGGUCACACACCAUCUUGUAUUCCAGAUAAACAGUACACUAAAAUAUGUUUGUGAAAAGAUUUGAGGCAAAAAAUUAUCAAUGCAGUGACAGAAUCUUGAUUCAUAUUUGAUCAUCACUGCCUAGUUUGAAAGUUUGAUCUGAGUUUGGUGCGUUGAGCUGGACAGACUCACUGAGAAUGACUUGUCAAUCACAAGGUAGCCACGCCCUAAAGCAUAACCUGCUUUAUUGUCUGUUUUACUCUAAAUGGGACCAUAUUUUACUAAAUGAACAUCAUGCUGUAUGGAAAAAGACUGAAACUAGAGAUUGAGACCAUAAACUCAUUAGGAAACUGUUUACUGAGACAAUAAAUCAAGUCAGAAGUCGGCUUAUUUUUCAAUAAAACUCCAUACUAUCAGACUAUUUUUUUUUUGUUGCAGCCCUUGGAGCUCCCCUCGCUGGCUAUCACAAAGAAUGCAGACUUCUGCAUUGGCCUCACUUCCUUCAUUUCAGAUCCAGAAGUUCUGUCCACUAAUUUUAUACUGUCAGUGUCACUGACUGGAGAGCUGCUCAGCAGCAGUGUGUUCAGUGCUGCCACUAGUGGCUGGAAGUUAUUUUAUACCAAUUCCAAUAAAUAAAAUGGUUCCCCAGAAAAAAGAGAGACCUUUCUCAGUCGUGGGUAAAUCCAGUUUUUUUUUUAUGACUUAAAUAGUUUUUUCCCUUUAUAUAGGCAAUAUGAUGAGUUUAUUUAUAGCCUUUUCAAAUCCCACAAGCUGCUUAGUACCUGAAAUUACCCUGUUCCAGGAGACAGUGAUGAAGGACAUCAUGUCACAAUUAAUUUCUUGUCAGUUACAUUGUUGCUCUGUGGUAAUGCAAAAAACUUCAAGUUGAUGUUUAAAACAGUAGUAAACAAAUAAUGGUCUGGGAAGUAGGGAAAACAUUUUAAAAUGUAAAAUACCACAGUGAGAUUUUGAAAUUUGUCAGCAGUAAUGUUGAUGAGUUUUAUUGGGCUAGAUCAUGGUCCCUUAAUGACCACUAAUAACACACCCCGCAGCCAUGUGAAAUUGGUCCCAAACCAUCAAUGCUUUAUGAAAAAGAUCUGAUGUAUUUGUUGUUUGAGAUAUUGUUAAUCCAGUUGAAAAGCUUUUGGUACAUAUCUUAUUGUCUGCUGUUAUUGUGUCAGCUAGUCAGCAAUACUGCAAGAUUAUCACUCAGACAGACUAAUAUUUUCUAUAUUAUGGUAUAUUUACUCAAAUGGACAUCCAAGAUUUUAUUAGUUGAGGAAAAGUCAAGACAAUUCAAAAGUGGACUUAAAUAGAAGGAAUAUUAACAUUUUGUGUGGGUGUAACUUGUAUUUUGGCUGAGGUAAAAUAAGGAAACCAUUGUGAUCUCCUCUCUGUGAUACCCUUGCUCUGUCCAAAGAGACAUACAACUCACACAAACACAUCUCCCUGUUCUCCGCCAACGUAUGCAAAAGUUUGAUUAAGAGAAAAUGUAAGCAAUGAGAGACAACCUGAAGCCUGUCAAAUGUCGUUUUCUGCCCCAUGGUACACCUACUGGAAUGAAUGUGCGGUUCCAUGUAUAUGCUGUUGUACAGUAAACUGUGGGUGUUCUCUCAGAUGGGACCCAAAGGAAAAGGUUUCAUGCAAUAGGCAAAUGGUAAAGUUGAUACCUUUGCCAGCUUGGCUGGAGUUUGAUUGGUGUACUAUUGGCAGCCACCUCUGGAGAGAAUGAUAUGGUGAAAUAUUCUCCACAGGCUGAAUAAAUGUAAAGCAGUGUUGGAGAGAAAGGUUUUUAUUCAGUCUGAAAAUGUUCCAUUAACGCUUUGACGCAAAUAGCACACUUGCUGUGUGUUCUUGAAGAUGCUGACCUUAUUUUAGCAAAAUAUAAGGAGUUUUUCCAUACAGACAUUCCAUAAAGCAAAAGAGAGAAAUCAUCUUCUUGGUUAGUUAUGACUAUAGUGGCACAGAACCAAAGAACAGUAGUUUGUCAGAAUAUGAGUCAGUGGUGAAACUGAGUGGUAUAAGUGAAGAUCUGACUAAAGCAUGGACAUAUUCCUUUCUUAGUUUGUGACUGUAGUAGUUAAAUAUCUUGGAAGAGCUCUAGGCUAGAAUCAAUACACCAAGAUUGCAGUGGCAACAUAGGGGGUCCUCUCAAGGUUGGUCUGUCAAUGGAAGAAACUUAAGCUGUCUUCGCCAGUGCCUAAAUUGGUACAAAAAAGGUGCCAGUACCCUAAUUCAGUACCGUACCCACGACAUACCCUAACCCAAAUUGUUUUACUUUUAUCCAUUGUCAGCACUGGGUUCUCAGCAUUUAGCUAGAUUUACUAGACCCUUGGUCUAACACCUCACUCUUCAUGCCUAAACCUAAACAACCAUACCAACAAAGGUAAAUAACGCUUGCCAAUCAGAGGCAGGGUCUUGGCAGAAUGUCGAAUGGAAGCAAAGUCAAAUGCAGGUGUUACACAGGUAUUUAGGUGUGCAUACCUACACUUAUCAGGAAGUACUGGUACUCAUGGGGACAAGGGGGUGCUGGUGCUCAGUACUGGUAAGUACUGUCCCAUUUCAGGCACUGGUCUCCACUCAAAAAGUGCCAAAUAUUUUGUAUAUAUAUAUAUAUAUUGAAAAUAAGUUUGUGCCAAUUUAGGUGGAUUUUUGGCCAUGAGUGCUGUAAUGGUAGCUAAAAUUACUUAAUCCAUCACACUGAAUAAAGUAGAAGUAAAAACCAAGAUUGUUCUCACCAUUGGCAGUUGUUCUCUUCAGCAGGCCAGGUGUGAUACUGCAGUAGUAUAGGGUCAAAUUGAGAACAGUGAGAACUCCAAGCUUCUGUUGCAGAAGAAACAGACAGAAAAUAUCUGUCAGAACACAAAUGACUAAAAAAUCCAGCCCUGUAAUCUUGCUCAACAGUACAGAAUGUAGACAAACAUUGCUAGAUUGGUCAUAGACGUAUUAUACCUUUUUAAAAUACGAUGUAAAAUUGCUUACUUAACAAACAACAUUCCCCACAAGCCCAGGACUGUGAGAGACUGUGGGCUUCCUCUCAGACAAAUCUAAGAAAAAGCCCCCCUGCCACAUAGAUAAAUAAUAAACUCCCCCACAACUCUCAUAAACCAUAAGGGGCAUGGCUAGGUGCUACGUCAUCAUAUCCAAAAAGCCACUUCCGUGUCCAUUCGCUUCGGAGUAUUAGGGCCAUACUAAGUGAAAAAAAUUAUUAUUUUUGGUGGAAAAAUCACGAAAUUAUGAGAAUAAAGUCAUAAUAUUACGAAAAUAAAGUCAUAACUGUUUAACGACAAAAUUAUGAAUACGUUAUCUUACCUGUCGACUGUAUGGUACGACUGAGACAAACAGCGGCUGCUGGGCUCAGACUGAGGCUGCUGUUUGGUUGAAGUGCUCACAUCAGAUCUUGAUAACUCUAUCGAAGCCUUUCUCUCAUUAAAAUGACUUUUUUUCUUGUAUUAUUAUUACAUUAUUCUCGUAACAUUACAACUUUAUUCUCGCAAUAUAAUGACUUUAUUCUCGUAAUUUCCCCCCAAAAAAAGUAGUGCAGUGCUGUAUCCCGUGUUGCAAUAACAGAAACGACGUGAACAAAACGAUCUCUUAUUGCCGAUUUCCCCUCGAUGAAAAAGAGAAGAAGAGAUGGCUGAAGUCGGUUUGUUUUGGGUGCCGGGGCCCUCUUCAGCACUUUCCCUGUUAGACUUCCACCUGACAUUGAACUGACUGUUAUUACCCUAUUGGAAUUAUAGGAGUUUUUGAACAGACUUUGGGAUGUCAGUAAAGUAGGCUGUCACUGUAUAAUAGGUGACCAGUUCCUGUGCUGUAGCCAUUGUUGUUUACGUGACCUAAAAAUGCUAAUGGACACAGAAGUGAUUCCUAACGAUUCCUUACGUCACACUAGCCAUCCCCACAACUAAUCAUGGAUGUAUUAAUAUGCUAUAUCCUUGUACAUUUAACACUGAACCCAAAAGGCAGACACUUGACAAGUAGAUAUGGAGAUAAAACAAGUUAUUUUUAUUUAAUGUACAAGCAGGACUGGUGGAAUGUGAGAUGGUGCCUGGCUGGAUGUUGAGGCUGUGAUGAGGAUGAGUUAUCCAGGGGAGGCUCAGCAGAGGGAAACCCAGGGAUGAUAGCUGGAAUCUGAACUGGUAGAACACAAAGUAAAAACUAACUAGACUGAUUGGCAAACUAAACCACUGUAGCUUCAGAGCAGGAAGCAUAGCACAACCGUGAGUGGAACUAAGAUCUGGCAGGGAGUGGCUGUGAGUGCAGAGUUCUUGAAGACAGUGGUGAUUGCUUAAUGGCAGGCAGGUGUGCAGAGAGCACAGAACUAGGAGCCAGAGUGAGGAAGGAGACCACACCCAUACACAGGGCACAACAAGAACAGCACAGGGAAACAGAGGGACAGCCAUGGCCAUGACAAACUAAAUAUUACAGGAAAGGUUUAUUUUAAAUAACACAUCAGUAAUCUCAUAUAUUUUCAUUAUAAAUCUUGAAUUCUUUUGAUAAUAUAUGUUUUUAAAUUAAUUCAUUUAAUUUUGGAAAAACAAGAUACCUCCAUGUACCACUAGAAGGCACUUGUGUACCACCAGUCCUACACAUACCACAGAUCGAGAACCAGUGUGAUAAAAUGUGUAUAAGUAACUCCUGGAACAUGUACUGAGUUACAGGAGUUAGAACAGUUAAACAGUGAGGUGACAUAAGCUCUCUCCACUCCUUGUCAGCAUUGGCAGUAGUGAGGAAGAGGAACUGCAAUCUAAUUAGGGUUUGAGUAACACCAAGAGUCAAAAUUAUCUCUAGCACCACUAUCUUUGAUUGGAAUCAGUUGCCGUGUUCAGAUUGGAAUUUUAAAUACAUCCAUGAUGACAUUAACAGUCCAACGAUGAGGAGCCCAACCUACCUAAGGAAAAUAAACCACUUAGGCUCUCUCUGCAGGGCUUACGUUGCAAAGUACUGUAGUUAUCUUCCUUUUUGCCUUCUGGUCUAAUCUUGCUUAGUCAGAGAAAGGGGCUUUGAGGCUCCAACCCUUUUUUUAUGAAAUGUCUGUCAAGCUAAAACUCCAAUCUUCUUUCACUAUCACGCUGCGACACUGACCAUAUCACACAACACUAUAGAAUGACACUUUUGUUUCAUUGUGAUCAAACCUUUCUUGCUGGGAGUUGUGUCCCAGUGUACUGUAAGCAGCACCUUUAAGCUAACACCCCGCUGCGCAAACAUCCAGACUGUUAAAUGUCAUAUGUGUCCGAUGCCUGUUCGCUGUCUGACCACUUUAAAUGCACGUGUACAUACCAAGUAUUUUAAAGCUUUAACUGUACAGUGUUAUGUUAAUAUAUACUGUAAAUAUCUAUGAAUGAA